CAUGCUGUGAAAUUGAAAUCAUGUGUUGGUCCUGCUGUUUUUGGGGCAGGUUCCCUUCUGAAGAACAGAUCACUGUUGUUGUGCUCUCUCAGGCUGCGCAUACACUGAGGAAAAAUGGAUUUCAGAGCUGUCAGGUUUCUUUUCUGCGUCAUGUGUUUGGUGAAGUCCAGUCCAGAGCAGAGCCCGACAAAGAGGAAGAACGGGAACAAAGAGUCGAACAGCGCUGCUAUUGAAGAGCUGAAGAAACAGAUGGAUCAGAUCAUUCAGGAUCUCAAUCUGCUGAAGGAACAACAGGCCUUACAAACAGUGUGUCUCAAAGGCUUCAAGAUCCCAGGCAAAUGCUUUCUUGUGGACACAGUAAAGAAGAAUUUCCACUCGGCCAAUGAUGAUUGCAUUGCUAAAGGAGGGAUUCUCAGCACUCCAAUGUCCGGCCAUGAAAACGACCAGCUCCAGGAGUACGUUCAGCAGACCGUCGGCCCAGAAACACACAUCUGGCUGGGGGUCAAUGACAUGAUAAAGGAGGGCGAGUGGACGGACCUGACAGGCUCACCAAUACGCUUCAAGAACUGGGAAUCAGAGAUCACUCACCAGCCCGAUGGAGGACGCACACACAACUGCGCUGUUCUGUCCAGUACGGCCAACGGGAAGUGGUUUGAUGAGGACUGUCGUGGAGAAAAGGCGUCUGUGUGCCAGUUCAAUAUCGUUUGAAAUAUUAAAGGGGUGGUAAUAGAGGGGUAGCAGUGGUCCCGCGUCAGCUGACAGUCACGCACCGCUAUAUGACUGUUUUGAGGAUUGCAUAGAAGGGGCAACGGCACCUGUAUUUAAGAGUAGUUGGUGGUUUUUAAGAUCGUUCAGAAUGAGUUAGUAAACGAUUAAUGAACAAUUAAAAUUAACAUUUAUAUAUCUUAUUCAGGCAUAUAGUAAUGGUUACUAAAUGGUUUGUAAAUAUUGCAAUACUUCAUUUAGUAAUGAAAAAUAACUCUAACAAGAUAUGAAAGUAGAAUUAUUAAGCACUUUAUAAAAGUGGUUAUAAGUAGGCCCACAUGGAAUCUGCACGCGCAGCAUUCUGCAGAUUUUCCACAGAUUUCCGCAGAUUUUCCACAGAUUUUCUGCAGAAUUCCGCAGAUUUUCCACAGAUUUUCCAGAUUUCCGCAGAUUUUCCACAGAUUUCCGCAGAUUUUCCAGAUUUUCUGCAGAAUUCUGUAGAUUUUCCACAGAUUUCCGCAGAUUUUUCUGCAGAAUUCCGCAGAUUUUCCGCAGAAUUCCUCAGAUUUUCCACAGAUUUUCGCAGAUUUUCCAGAUUUUCUGCAGAAUUCCGCAGAUUUUCCAGAUUUCCGCAGAUUUUCUGCAGAAUUCCACAGAUUUUCCAGAUUUUCUGCAGAAUUCCGCAGAUUUUUCAGAUUUCCGCAGAUUUUCUGCAGAAUUCCGCAGAUUUUCCAGAUUUUCUGCAGAAUUCCGCAGAUUUUCCAGAUUUUCUGCAGAAUUCCGCAGAUUUUUCACAGAUUUCCUCAGAUUUUCCGCAGAAUUCCACAGAUUUUCCACAGAUUUUCCAGAUUUUCUGCAGAAUUCCGCAGAUUUUUCAGAUUUUCGCAGAUUUUCUGCAGAAUUCCGCAGAUUUUUCAGAUUUUCGCAGAUUUUCUGCAGAAUUCCGCAGAUUUUCCACAGAUUUCCGCAGAUUUUCCGCAGAAUUCCGCAGAUUUUACUCAGAUUUUCUGCAGAUUUUUAGCCCAUCAUUAAUUCUGUUUAUUUACUCGAGUAAAUGUGUGUAAAUCUAUAUUCAUUCAGUUUUUAAAUUAAUUACAGUAAUAUUAUUGACUAAUAUGAAAAUGUUCAUCAGAUUUAUUUACAAUGCAGUUUGUACAGUAAUAUUUUCUGUCUUUUAGUAGAGAUAUUAUAUGAGAGACUUGCUUUGUUUACCAAAUAAAGUAGAUCUAAUUGGAUUUGCAUUUUAAACAUUAAAUAAAAGUUAAAAAGAUAUUAUGUUUUAUUUCAUAUAUUAAGGUUUUAGUUAUGAUACUCACAAAAUAAUUCAGCAGAAAUCUACAGAUUUUUACCAAAAUUCUCCGCAGAAAUGGCAAGAAACAUCUGCAGAUUCCGUCUGGCCCUAGUUAUGUCAAGAAUACACCAUUUUAUAGCUGCAGUUAUAAACUGCUUAUUAACGUUUAUUAAUGUAGAGUUAAUGCUUAACAGAUAAUGAAUUCACUAUUUGCUAAUGCUUAAUAAAUGAUUUAUAGUGUGUAGAUAUUAUAAAGUGUUACCUUUAUUUCAAAGUGUUUUCAUGCCUAAAUAAAACAAAAGCACAGAA